AUUCUUUCUCUCUCAGCUGUAAAAUCAACAUAAUUUCUUUCACAUUCCUGCAACCCCAUUUUCUUCCAAUGUUUCCAAAAUUAAUCAACGAAUUUUAGAAACAUUUUCAACUUUAGCAAAAGACGAUAGCAAUGAUCUUUUGCGCAACAGCCAGAUAAACGCGUGUCGAGAAUUUUGAAAAUUUUCGGUCUCGAAAAGGAGAAAGGAAGACUUCCCUUUGCUCGCGGAAAGGCGUCGGCCCUGACUUUGUAAGGACGUGGGGGUGGCAGGCUGGCAGGCAGGCAAGCAGGCAGGGGGGUAACUUCGUGAGGGAGGGACGUCGAAUCGUGGAACACGGGGAGCGGGGGUGCGGCGGCCGCGGCGGGCUGGAGGGUUGAAUCAGCGCGGGGGUGUAUGGGGGAAUUAGUGGAUGGUCGCGGACAAUGUGGGGGAUACUUUCUCAUAUCAAGUAUGGCCGCCAUCGUGGCACGAUGGUCAAAACAAUAGUAAGUAGCCGAGGCCGCGGGCGAUCCUUCUUCCACCCCGUAUCGUCGCGCGCCGCUGAUACACUUUUCUUUUUUUUCCCAUUUCGCUCCUUAAUUAUCGCCGCGCGCUCGGCGCCUCGCCGGGACCUCUCUCUCUUUCUCUUUCUUUGCCCACAUUACUCCAUCACGUCCUGCUCUCGGCUUUCCAGUGCGCAGUGAAACAAAGUGGUGUUAUCGUCGCGCUAUCGCCGGCACUGUCGCGCACGUCCACCCUCCACGUUGGCGCUUAACAAAUGGAUAAUAACGUGGGACCAUCGUCGGCGAGUCGCGAUUUUCUGGGGUGGUUUUGCGUCCACAAGACACGCUGCUGAUCACGACGAGCAAUACCUGAGGCAGAGCCGGCUGGUCGCGUGAGGGAUCCACCGAGAUGUCAUCGAGCGCAACGUCGUCGCACGAGCCGAUGACGGCGAUGACGACGACAACGACGACAACAACCACGAUGAUAGCGGAUGCAACGGAGCUGGACAGCGAUGGUUCCAGUUGCGGGGAGCGCGACGUUUGGAAACGCGUCCGCGCCGAUUCCGUCGACGUUGGCGCCGGGCCCAAGAAGCGCCGGAAGCAGACCACACCGGUGAGGUUCUCGUCCGAUCUCGCGCACGAGGACGAGCACGAGGACGAGGUCAGCGAAGGUAAGACAGCGUCGUCGCGAUCGCCGUUACCGAGCGUCGACGACCAACAUCAGUAUCAUCACCAACACCAACCCUCACCGUCGUCGAAAGACGAGAAUCUAAACAGCGAGUUCCGUUGCCAGCACUGCGGCCGGCUCUUCGACAGCGACGAGGUGCUCAACGUCCACGUGGACUGCGAGCACAGUGGCGCGAGCCGAUCGACGCCGGGCGUCGCCGUCAAGGUAGAGCCGACGCAGCAGCUGGACCAGGCCAACGACGGUCCCGUGAGCCUCUUGAGCGUGAAGAACUUCGCGACCACGUGGUUAACCACGUCCGGCGGUCAGCAGCACGUGCAGUCGCAGACGCAGAUGCAGCCGCAGAUGCAACCCUCGCAGAGCGAGGACUCGUGGUCGGCCGCCGGUUCGGUCAGUCAAAUCGUCACGAUGACGAAUCAUCUGCAGCCGCUCCCGGGUUUCCCGAGUGCCCUCGCUCAGUACCUACCCCUACCGGGUUUCCCGCUGACAGAUCCCCAACACGUCCCUAGAUCCACCCUCGGUCCGAUGCCGAUCAAGAUCUUCAACCCGGAGGCGUACUGUGACAUGUGCAAGAAGGAGUUCUGCAACAAGUACUUUCUGAAGACGCACAAGGCGAACAAGCACGGUAUCUACGUGGACUCGCCGACUCCGAGCGCGACGGCGACAGACGCAACUGGCGUAUUCGGCGCGGGUGUGUUCGCCUCCGCGAACUAUCACGCUGGUAACGCGAGCGUGAAGCUAGAACCGCCAGCGACACCGCCGCACCGGCAUUUCCGCAAUGAGGAAGCUUCCUCGAGGAAGCAGAAGACGCCCAAUGAGUCGUCGAUCGUGGAGUCGCAGUCAUCGUCGGAUGGCUGUCAAUCUGCUAUCAAUCAGCUGUCGCAGAAUGAGGAGGAUCGCGAGACGUCACGCGACAGUUCCAAUGGCAUGGAGGCGCUUCUGAAACAGGAAUACGGCGUCGAGCAAGAGGACGCCAGCUAUAUGCCGGCACCUAGACACCUAUCUCCUCAAUCCAUCCAACAGGCGCGGGAUUCCGGCUUCAGCGCCGAUCUCCUGCGUCGUCUGGGCGUGAUAAAUCCCGAGGCGUUCUGCGAGAUCUGUUGCAAGGAGUACUGCAACAAGUACUUUUUGCGCACACACAAGAUGAAGCGACACGGUGUCAUCGUGCAGGAUAACGAGCGAUCGCCCGGCAAUCCCACCGGCACGACCACCUGGCACCAGGUGCAGACCAGUCCGUUGAACCUGAUUGUCGCCGAGACUGCUACUACUGUCGCCGGCGCGGGUUCGGACACCAACGAGCGCACUGACGAUUAUGAGUGCAAACCAUGUGAUAUCCGCUUCCAAACGGCUAGUCUGUAUCGGACGCAUUGUAGGAAGAUGCACGAGGGCGAGGAGCACGUUUCACCAAAGCACGAAUACGAUCUAGACGGUGCCGAUCAACGUACUGACACCAUUUCAGAGGACCUGCAGAAACUGCAGACGAUGAUCAUACAGUUGAACGGUUUGGAUUCCAGCAAGGGAUUGUCCUGCGCCGUGUGCGGCAAGGAAUGUGACUCGAGACUAGCUCUGCGAGUUCACAUGGCGACUGAGCACGGUGUUGCCGGCGACGAGGCUCAGCUGUCGCCACAGGAUAAGUCACCCCCGACCGUAUCCACAGUCUUCUGCACCCUUUGCGAGAAAGACUAUCCUAGUCAGGAAGCACUGAGGAGACAUAUCAGCAAGGAACAUCAGCAUUCGAUCGUCUCCAGUGCCGUUACUCUCUCGUCGCUACAAUCGACUCCCGCGAUUGCUUCUUCCGCAAAUUCGACACUGACCAAUCAGACUACGAGCAGCCAAGCCACGACAACGACAUCAAUCACGACAACGACGACGGCGACGACAACGGGCACGAUGGACUCGAAAAUGAUACCCACGACGUGCUACUGCGAAAUCUGCGAGAAGCAUCUGUGCAAUAAAUACUUCCUGAAGACGCACAUGCAACGGAUGCACGGCAUCGAGAUAGAGAACGGCGCACAGAUCGUCGGCGUGAUCUGCAACAUCUGCAACAAGGAGCUGUGCAGUAAGUACUUUCUGCGCGUUCACAAGCACAACACCCAUGGGAUCGUGGACGAUACUACGUCGUCCUCUUCGUCGUCAUCGGUGGCAGGAACGACGUUAGCCAAACAGGAGACCUAUGAUGCCAGCACCGGCGCGGACGAUUCGGCGCUCAAGUCGAGUGAACAACUGGGUGAUCUCAGUCACAGAUACUUCACCGAGGUGUGUCCGAUCUGCAGCCGCAGGUUCCGCAGCGUCAAAUGGCUGAAAGCGCACCUGAUGAGCGAUCACGGCAAGACGGGUAUCGACAAGUGGCGCGAACUCGAACAGCAGUAUCAGGCGACACCGAAAAUCAGCGGGAAUAGUGGCAGGAGUGUCGCGAAGAACAUUCAAACGCCGAGUCUAAAAAUCCCGAACGGCUUUGAAGUAGCCCAGCAGAUCAAACCGGCCGAUUACGCGAAUCUGGGGAAUCAGGUGCUAUCGAAUCUCCUCGGCUCGUCGUCCGAGGAGCACCAGCUGAAGAACUACCGCUGCGGCUACUGCAAUUUCAACACCCCCGUGCUGCCGUUCCUUUUCCUUCACGAGCGAUCCCACGUGAGUCCUCAGGAGAGCCUCGAGUGCGAUCGACCGCUGCAAUGUCCGAUCUGCUCACAAGACUUCCACCAACCGGAGCUGCUUCACCAGCACCUGCUCACCAAGCACCAGUUUCCCACUCUGCUGUCGCAAUUCCAGAAUCCUCUCCUGAACAAUCUCAGACCGGACAUCGACGUUAAACUGAACGAUCACGCGAAGGAUAGGGCCGACCUGGAUGCGAGGAACGAUCACGCGGAAUGCAGUCCGCAGACCGCGGAUCGCGGUGUCCCGGAUGUCGCGAGGAACCAACGGCAGGACGACAAUGCGGUGCAGGUGACACCUCAGGGCGCGUACAAGUGUGCGCAGUGCGGCUACGCGACGACGAACCUGAAUCGCAUCAAGAAACACGUACGAAAAGACCAUAAGGCGAUCGGCGAUCCUACGGAGAGCGUGAUUGCCGAGCUCAGCAAGACCCUGAGGGACGUGGCGAACAAGCAGAAGGUACCGGCUUGCUACGCGAUGCCGCAGGAUAUGAAUUCGAAUCCGGAUAAGACCAUCAUGCAGCCGUUCUUGAUCGAGGAGCAGGACCUGAUGCAGGCGGGUGCCGAGUCCAGUUCGGCGAAGAGAUUCGCGCCUGCUCUAGUCUAUCUACCGGUCAAGUCGAGAAUUGCCAACGCCCUGACCGCUUCCUUCACCCUCACUCCUGCCUGAGUUCAGUCGAUCUCGAGCCUUGCACGCCCUAGCGUGAGCGGCGGCGUCUGCGUCUGCAUACUGAGCAUCUGCGACCUGAGCACGUGGUAUCGGUUCCUAUUUAUCAUGUAAGACCAGCGGCCAAUCGGUGAGUGUUAUCUGCAUCGUAACACUCUGACGUGUCACUAACUCUCGCACACUUUUGGCAAUUUACGCGCACAGGCUUUCCCAUUAUUUGUUAAAAUAAGCUCCCUGGUUCGACGUCGCGGACUGAAAUAAUAGAAUUAGCGUGAUAACGUGAUUGAAGAUGACUGCUCUGCUUCUUCGCAGUUAACUUUGCAUCGCGUUAAGGAUGACUCCAGUACCGGUGGACGUUUAAGAGAGUGUUCCUCGAGCAACGAGUUUCUCGUAAACGUAUCGAAAGUUUCUGAAUCAUUUUCUUAAGUCAACUGGUUCUGAAGUCUUUCCUUGCCGUGCAACGUUUCUUCGCAAGAAAAGAUCGAUUUCAUUUGAUGGUGUUUUAAUUCGCAAACAUUUCACGACAUGUCAUGUGUUCGAAAUACGAAAAGAUCGUAUUUUGACAUUAUUUUGAAACGAUUCUUGAGAGUAAUGAAUUUAGCAGACCGUCUUUUUCGGAAGGGAAAGCCUCCCAGAAAAAUAACGAGACAAGGUUGUUAUUCUUGUUCUAAGUGGGGAACGUACUCUCGUUACGUACUCUUGUAAAUACUUAAUCGUAAUUAAUUAACACGAACGGGUGAUCGAUAAAGUUCCUAUUUUAAAUGCGGCAGGCCUUCUUGUAUCGGAGGACUCUCUUUGCUCUGCAUUUUAUUUCAUCUUUCUCUUUCUCUCUUUCUCUGUUUUUCUCUUUCUUUUAUUUCAAUAUCGAUUUUACUUUUGCUCAAGUCAACCAAAAGAAUUGCGCGUGAAAGCGAGCAUAAUCGUUCGAUCGACAUUAACUAACGCACCGUUUCUCACGGACUUUUCCUUUCGCGGCUGUUCUAGUCAAUAUUUUAUAUAUAAAUAUAUAUAUUUACAUAAGAGUAAGCAGAGUUUUCUCGAAGAUAGGGAAGAUUUAGAGAGGUAUUUAUCAUAUACACGUACGCGCUGGAUUCCGGGAGAUUGGUGCGGAACUAAUUAGGCGCAUCAAUUAAACGCGGCCGUUGAUUAUCGCCGCGACAUGCACGGCCGCGAGCAGCAUGAUCUGACGCAAUGGUGUUACGAAGCAUUGGAUAUCAAUGUGCAGAGAGAAUCGCCAACCAACUCAGGGGUGGACACAGUAUAACCCGCAACAAAAAGUACAAUCGUAUACACAGCCAACGCAUUACAUAGACUUUAAAUAACUAUUAAAUAUAAUGAUGAUAAUGUGAUGAUGCGUGUAGCGCGCGUCUCGUAAAUGUUCGCGAAUAUCAAUUUAACGAUCCGAUCCCCCGACGUCUUCGGGCGGGGGUCGCAAAAAACGAUGACCAAGCUCGAUCUCCACUCGAAUAUUCAAAGAACGAUCCCCUACCCCGCCGAUUUAUAUACGCGUAUAUAUGCUCGACAUGUUAUAAAGCAUAUAUAGCACACUCUCAGAUUAUUUAACUAAGGGUUACAUAGUCUAGUCGACAAAGACGCGGCUCGUCCGUGCUAAAAGUUCCUCCCCGAAAGCUGUUUCGAACUUCGUGCCUUGCAGCUUGAGAAACGAAUGAUUCGCGAACCUCGUUAUCACGCAGGUCUCAACAGAAAAUAAUAUAUCCGAUGUAACAGGUCGAUUUGUUACAAUUAUAGUAAGUAUGGUCGGAUGUGCUCUCUCGAUCGCGUCGUACAAUGGCCUCGACCUCUCUUUUCCUCAUAACAGUGCGACUGCAGGCGCUUUGAUAACUGGGAAUAACUGAGACAUCGCUUCUCAGUAGCAUUCCAUAAAUAUGCAUCUUGAAAUGUGAUCGUUUCAUGACUCAUGAUAUCUGUUGUAACGAUUCGUCUGUGAAUCACACGAUACUUGGAACAGUAUCAUGUUUCUGAAAACAUGGGAAACGAUUUGAAAUAUUGGAAUAGUGGAUUCUUGCUCCUUUCUCUUUAGAGAUUCCAAGAAAGGAACCAGAAAUUAUGAAUUUUUUACCGUUCUCCCCGAAACUCUAGAAAAAUUAUGAUCGCAACUUAUCGAAAUGUUAUCCGGGGAACGAUAACGAUGAAAGUUUCGUUCCGAAACUGUCGUGUUUGCGCCGCGCAAAAACUUGGGCUAUCUUUUCGGCAACGGUCAGGGCCCGUUCGAAUUCGAUCGAAAUGCUCGAUGAGACAGCUGUCGCCGCAAUGACCACACUCUCUCGGCGAGCGGAGCGUGUGCAGCCGUCCGCACAAACCUGCCUAGCUUCCCAAAAUACGUUUCUCGCAGCGCACCGGUGCGCCCAUCCCUCCACGAUGAACAAACAUGCACGAUGCAUUUCUAUCCAUGCGACGUACGCCCACGAGAUGCCUUCCUUCUAUGGUGAAAUAAUAAUACUCAGUGCAAUCGCUCGCUAUUUACUCGUUCAGCGUAUCAAAACAUAAAAAUUCUUUUCUCUUUUUCUUGAAAAUAUUUGAGAAAUUAUUAAGGGCAAGUGUUACAAAUUUCGUUUAAAAAUUUAUGUAUGCGUGAUUUCGAUCUUUCUAAAAGGAACACAAGUUUAUCAUGCAAGUUAAUGAUGCAGGAGAGGUAUUUUGUAUUGGCCAAUAUGUGCAAAUUGUUUUCAUACGAUUGCAAGAAUGUCACGUUUUUGUAUCAGAAAGUUUGCGCUGACAGUUAAAACGCAUUUUAAUUAAAUGAUUGUGAUAAUGGAUUCUAUCAUUUAGUUGCAAUUCUCAAAGUUUAGCACAACGAGCAGCGAUACGACACGAUAAAUCUGUUGUCGCGAAUGACGGGUGAGGUGAUAAAUAACACGAUCGAUUCCCACCGAGAGAUGCAGCGUUUCGCAUCGCGUUUCGAGUAAUGAAUGCGGAAUUCAGCGCUGUCAGAUUCGGCAAAUGAUUUAUUCCAUGUGAUUUCCAUGGCACGGGCCGGGUUUUUGUCUCAGGGGCCAUAAAAGUUUUCCCCGCGCGCAGCUGAAAUUCGAGAACCGCGUCAUUUAACGGGACCGCACACCCCCGGGGCUGGCCGUUGCCGAAAAUUCGUCUGAAUUAGUAUGCGCGCACGCGUGCAUUAAUAUAACACAGGGGAGAGGAGAAAGAGAGAAAGGGAGCAAGAGAAAGAAAGAAUGAGAGGACGUACGGCCAUUACGAAUCCGUCGAGGGAACAGGAGAAGGAAGAGCAGAAAAGGCGGAAGCGGGGAAACGUUGUUGGACGUAGGGAGGAGGUGCGAUUCUCGUUGGGGAAAAACGAAUUUUUAGACUGGCAUUGUCGAGCCGGCCGAGACGGGCCCGGACAAACGGGCCUCCGCUCCCCCCGCUGCACAUCUGGUCGCUCCUCUCGGCGAGAGAAGGUCAGAGAGGAGGAAGGAGGUCACGACCUUGGCGGGGAUUUUUCCGAAAAUGUCCGAGAACGAAAUGAUCCCGGGGGGGCGAGUGGCAAGGAGAGCGCAGCGUACUAAACCUUCACCCUCCUUCCCGCCUCCACCCCUCCGGCGCUUUACCCGGCUCACCCAUUUUUCUUGCCCCACGUGCGCGGGGGUACACGGUGACAUGCAAAACGCGCGCGCGUCCAUGCAAAACGCCUCUUUCCCCCUGCUGCUCUUAAUUGCGUCCCAUGCAGAUACGCGCAUUGUGCAUUUAAUGGUCCGUGCGCAACCCGGGGGAUGCGGAUGAUUUUAAUUAUUAUCGCGCAUACGUGAGACGGAUAAUAGAUCGGGGCGACGCCGGGAAAGCCGCGUGGUGUUUCGCGCGCGUGGCUGCACCCAUUUCCGGAUAAUAGUGAGCGAUCGCGACGGAUAAAAUGAGAACGAUUUCUGUGGUGCUGUUCGAUACAAAGGGCGUAAGUUUCGGAUCGGGAAAUAUCAGAAUUGAAUAUCAAAGAUCAAAAUACGAUGAACUCGGCGAAUCAAAACUUGACUUGAGCCCUUUUGUCGAAUAUCGAAGAUUCAUGCAUGCGAAAUGAAGAUUUUCAAUCUCGUUACGGGAAGGGCGAAAGCUGGCGUUUCGGUCGCGUCGACAUCGCGCAUCCAUCUCGAAAAUUUUCUUUCGCUACCUAUGUUACAUUUAAAUUUAUAAUAAUUUCGCGAAUGCUGGACGACAGCGCUAAUUAUCUUCGAUUAUGCAUGUCGAAUGUCGACGCGGCUGGAGCCAAAAAGCGAUGAGACAAACAUAACGAAGUUCCGAGAGGAGUUUUGACGGCUCGCCCAAGAUCAGCAUUGCCUUCGUAACAUAAUUGAGCGCAAAAUCAAAAUUUUACCCGUAAACCAAAAAAACAAAGUAUAUAUAUAUAUAUAUAUAUUGUUCAUUAAUAUAUAUAUUAUUGAUUAUAUAUUAAGAUCGUCUAGGCUAUAAGUGCAGCUCGUAUGUGAACGACAUGAGGAUUACGCAUACACCUGCGCAUAAUCCGCGCAGUAUUGGGGAACGUACGAGCGUUCGACAGAAGCAUACGACAUAGCGUAUAUCUCGUGGAAAUUAGGAAAAUUAAUUAGUCAUUAACUAGUCAUUUUUUGGAAGCGAUUUACAAUUCCUAUCUACCUGAUCUAGUCACACGAUAUAGUCAAGGCGAAGUGUUUCGACUACCAAGCGCAAUCAAUUUUCCUCGUCAUUCGACUCGAUCGCAUAUUUUUAUACAAGACUGCGCGGAACGAUGAGAGACAUGCAUUAUUUUUGUUACUUUGUAUUUCUUUUAUAUGUAUAUUAAUAAUAAUUUCUCGAUUAUUUCUAUUUUUAAUUAUUCAUUCGUGUGAUCGAACGAACUUAUGUGAAUAAAAUUUUUCUUUUUUCUUUCAUUCGUUUUUGUUUUUCUUUUGUUGCCCUUAUUCUGCACCGCAAUCUGUUUUAUGUCUAUAAUUUUAGUGAGUUCAAUUACAUCGAUAUUACAGAUGGGAAGACUGUACUUGGCACUAACGGUGAUAUUUACGUAUUAUCAUUGAUAAAUAUAGAGAUCAUUUUCUGUUGAAGCAUCGAAAUUCGAACUCACUGAAAUUACGCAGGUUUCAAACGCUGGCUUUAAGAUAUCGAAUUACCCGAUUCGAUUUGAUGGACGGCAGUUAGAUCGACCGUCGAGUCGUUGGUUUUGUUUUUUAAGGGUGUCGCUCCUAGGGUGCCUUUUUACCGCUGAUGACAAAUGACAUGUCAAACAAAUUAAACUUGACAAAUUACAGGCGCGUGCCCCUCGUGCUCGAAAGCGGAAACCUCUCUGAAAAGUGGAAAAAACUAGCAGUCGCUGAAUAUAAUUUUUCUGGAUUACUUCACAAGAUGAAUUUUCUUUAUAAUUUACAUUUACGCGUUGCACGUGUAUCAACUUUAAAAAAUGUUUAAUAGAUACGCGAUAUUUACAGAUACAAAUGAAAUGCUAUAUUAUGUUCAUAAUGCUGCUUGAGACGAAAGAAUAUAGCAAGAAAUUUCGAUAGUGCUUCUCUCCGUUGUCCGUAACGAACGGCGAAUGAUUCGUGACAUUACUCUCCGAGAGCGGAGUCCGCUAUCGAGCGGUCCGAACGAAAGGAAAAGCGGGUACGAUGGUUUUCAAUCAGAAGGGACGCGCACAAGUCGAUGGGACACGGGGCGCUUGCGCCAUAUAGAAGUUUUCCUUUCGCUUGAUGGCCGGUGGAGUCGAGUCGGUUUGAAAAGGGAAGGCGGAAGGACUCGUCGUCCUUCUCGCACCGAGCGACGACCGAUGAGUAAAUGACACACAGCCAGCCCCUCCAUUCUCUACGCAAACACACACACGUGCACAGAAACGGACGUCCACCCACAUCCACAGGCACAUACACUAACACGCGUACACGCUCUCACCAUGUCCCGAGAGUGUACAGGGAUAUGUAUAAAAAUCAAUAAUAUCUUGCGGUUUCCAAGAGCUCCGAAAACGCAGGAGAACGUGGCGCGAGGGUGGCGAUCUUUCGCCGUGUAGACAAAAGGCGGAGAAUACUUCGUUAUCGUUCGUUGUCGCGCGUACCGUACGAUAAAGAGUCUGGGGACGUUGACCUCUGAAGCUGAUGGAUCUCGUCGGAUGGAUAUUUCGGAGGAAAGUGUAGAUUUUUUAAAUCUUGCGAGAGGCGUGGCACGAAUUUUGAGUCCCGACUAGUAUCUAUAUAUUUUUUAUACACGAUGUAUCAAGAUUCAAUACGCGGAAAAUAUUCGAAACAUUUUCGGUAUCUUUAAUUAAUGUUCUUUCUUUUUCUCGUUCUAAUCGAUAUUAUUACGAUAACAAUUCUAAAGAUAUUUCUUAUUUUUAAUUUAAUUAUCUUUAAUAUAAUAUUCUUGAUAUAGAAUAUAUGAUUAUUAAUAUUUCCGAUAUUGUAGUGCCGCUGAUCGUGCAUUAAUCGUGCGCAAAGAUUGGGUAUGCUUUUAGAAGAUAAAAGAUCUGCCUCCAAGACUCGAGUCUUAAAACUCGCAAGCCGCUUUUCCGAUCGGCUUAAAGAUGGCCGCUGUUCCUUCGCUUCAUUCUUACUGCUCCUGCCUCACCCUCGUCACAUACCAUAAUCGCGAUCGUUUUGUUUCCUCGUCAUUUAUUUAUAAAAGGUCCGCUAGGCCAAGAUCCAUCGGUAAAUUUCAGAAAAAGAUAUCGAACCAUUCGCCCUUCCUUUCAUUCUGUUCCUGCCACCCCUGUUCUCCCUCAUCAACCACCACAGCCUGCUUAUAUCUCUACAAGAAAGUGGAUUGCAAUUAUCAAAGCCUCCCUCUCUCAGUUCUCCCCUUUUGCCUUCGUUCCUUUUCCCUUGGACUAGCCAACCCUCGACCUCGUCGCCUCCCUUGAUUUCCCUCCCUCUCGUCUUCCGCCAACUUGUAGAAAUUUUAUCCGCCCGUAAUAAUUUCACCACCACCGUCUCCCAACCAUCACCGCCAUCGUCACGGCGUUCCUGCCACCCCUGCCACAUAUCCGCGUUCUAUUCUCCAUCGUGAAACUUCACCGCUGCGGCAAUCGACAGUCUCGAACGAUCAAAGAGGUCCACGUGCCGAAACGAGGGUUGACGACGCGCUUUCUUCCGUAGGGAAACUCGCGAGAACACGAUGGCGACGCACCUGAACAAAUACAUACCUGAUUCGUGAAAGGAAACCGUCAUGAUAAUAUCGGAAUUAUGCGCGAUAAUAAUUAUCUUAUCUGAGAUUGGUCUGAUUAGAUUCACAUUAUAUUGAUAUUUUUCGUGCAAAUUAUUCUUUCCUCCAAACCGCCUUUCCGUUAUUUUCCGCGAUUAUUACUUUAUAAUCGUAUCCGUACUUUUUCCAACUGCAUGAUUAUACUCGAUCGAAGGUGCAGCGAUAAAUAUAGAAUUGCCUCCACGAUCGUCGUUAAAUUCGAUGGACUAUAAAAUCUUAAUCUUGCGAACGAUCGGCGAAGGAAACAUCGCAAACAACCGGUGAUGCAGAUGGUAUCGCGAUUCUUGAGAGUAAAUAAUAUCACGGCGCGCGGUUAUCGUAAUUUUCAAGUAUGAAAUCAUUGAUUCCGAUCAUGUUCCACGACUAACGCCAAACGAUAUUACUGAAAGACAUUUUUCAUGUUUACGAAUCCACAAAAUAAAUCAAUGGAAUAAUAGUAACUAGAAAUGUUUCGUGAAAAACGGAAACGUGCAAAAUCCGCUCGUAUUUCAGCUUUGUGCGACCUAAUUCCGGAUUUAUUGUUGUCGCGUCACGUCGCGAAUCGUGAACAAUAAAACAUCACAAUGUCGGACAAGCGUUGCUCCGCGAACCCUUCGAUAUCAUGCAAAAAAAACGCGAGAAAAAAAGAGCAAGAAACAGGGUACAUUGUCAUGUACACGCAGGAACCCUUUCACGGAUGUUCGACUCGCGCCGCGAAUUACGCGGAGCAUGUUUCCAGCCGAGCGACUCUUCACGCGCGAGAAAGGGUGAAAGCGGAGAAUCCGCGAAACGGGAAUCCGAAAACUAUGAAGGGUUGAAAAGCGAAGCAUUGUGUGGUGCCGUUCGCGUGCACCCUCCCGAAGCGAAGGACCGAAGGGCGGCCGAAGCCUUACACAUGCACAACCCUUUAUUUGUUUAGCGCCGCGACACACGCGCGCCGAGUGCGCGCGAGCGCGGGUUUUCCCCAUUUUGACGGAUUUCACCCCAAAUUUUCAGCUGGCACGUUUCCCUCCCCUUCCGCACGCAGCCGAUUUACACAAUAUUUUGGAAAUCCUUUAUAAGAUUUCGUCUCUCCCCCUUGCUGCAGUCGGCUUAGCUCGUGGACUUGCUAUUGUCGAGGCCCUCGCGUGUCCCUGGUCCCCUUUUUCUCGUGAUGCCAGAUGGGUCAAAACGCACUGAUCACGUAAAGAACUAACGCAGAAAAAAAGUUUGUAAAACGUCGCGAAAUUCGUGAAAUUAGGGUUGACGCCAUGUGAGAGGGAUGCUAGCGCCGAGAACGGGUCGAACCCCUGCGCGCGGCACGUGUCGCAUUUUUUCACUCCUCUUUUUAAGAAGACGCCAGGGCAAAAUACGAGAAAUGCAGGGGCGAGAAAUUGCGCUUUGAGGGCUUCGCGAGGGGAGUUGUUUGAGGCGUUCCAUUGCGCGGAGGCGAAUAGCUCGAACAAACUUUUCCAUUAAGAAAUAUGGUAUCAAGAUGAUUUCCAAUUACUUGAAUUUAGUCUAAGAAUCGUAAUUUAUUCAUGAGAAAACCAUUCAGUCAUUAAUCAUUCUGAGAAGUAAUUAGUAUGCCAAUGACUCAGGUAGUCUUUCAGUACAUGUGCGUGAUAAACACCAUGGAAGCGACACCCACAUUAAGUAGCUCUAUUUGAUUAAUAUAUUUUCUUUUCAAAUAUCUGCCCACUUUCUCAAAGAAACUCAGCUUAAUUAAUGUAUUUUCUUUUCAAUUAUUCGUUUUUACACAAACAGUGGUCACUGAACAGUGCUUACAUUAACGGCAAUUAGUCGACGACAAUUAGUCGAGCAUUUCUGUUAAUUGCACGGAGAAUUGCAAGUUACAUUUACGUUCAACAGGCGCGUGACAAUAAUGGCUCUGAAAACAUUAUGCAAGCGCCAUUCAUAUUCCGAACGCAUAUAGAAUAUAUACGGUGUCGAGAGAAAAAGAUUCGAUAUUUGAAAACAAUAUUUUGCAGUACUUUUAUUAUAAAAGCUAAACCAAUCAACUCUUUCACAGAUAUCAAUUUUGCCUCUGAGUUGAUUAGCUGCAAGAGUGUGAAAAAUUAACUUUUUAACUUUCCUUUUUCCAAAAUACCCUCAUAAAAUAUCAGAAAUUAAUUAAGAUUUGAUUCUUUUUUAUGGACGCUACGUGAAAUAUCGAGAAGCUCGAGAAAUAUCAGAACCUUCUUUUUCGACACACUGUAUAGACGCUGAUACUGUACUGACGUCCGAGUGACGUAACUGCGGAAUGCCGAUCCUCAGGAAUCGCGUGGCUACCUCAGCAUUGAAUUUUUACAAAUUCAUACAUGUUUAUUCACUUUCGAGACGCCGUGCGGCGCGUUCGUGUGAAAAAAUGUCGCGGUUAUCGCAUUUAUCGCGGCGUUUAUCAAAGAUAACCUUGCGCAGCGACGUAGGUCUGCGUCGCGCAAGAAAAUUCAGUUCCUAUUACAUUGUAAACGGCUAGGUUCCUAAAUUGAGCUUUACCGAGCGACACGCCAUGGUUAGUCCGGUCGGAGUGGACUCGUUACGUCGAACAAAGACGACCCCGAUAGAACUGGACCAACCGUAUUCUAUAUGCGCGCGCGCGCAUACACAUCGAUAAGUAAUUAAAUCCAUAAAUGAAGGAAGUUUGGAUAGCACCUUUUACAUAACAAUAUUGCAUACAUGAAUUUUUAUAAGAAAGAUGUUUUAUACAAAACAGAUAAAACUCUUAGAAGCUGGGUGUUUCAACAUCCAAUUUCAAUGUGAAAAAUUGCGUUGAUAUUUCACAGAAAAUGUCAGAAAAUAUGCACGUAUAAACUUUAUAAUGACUUUAUUCUCUCGUCUUUCUCCGAGGAAAAUCGGAAAAAUGUCAUUCACUCAUCGAUUCGAUCGCGAAUGUAAUCGUCCGUGUAUGUAUGUGUAUGUGCGUGCGUGUGUGUAUGCGCGCGCGCGCGCGUUGUAAAAUUAAGUACUACUUUAAGAGAAUGACGUAGAAUUAAGUGAUACGUAAUACGUAACGUAUGUACAUGUACAAUGUGUAAAAGUUUCGAGGAUAAUCAAAAUUAGUGGUUAAAAAACGGACAGAGGAUGAUUCCGUAAGAAGUCUAUCCGGCGGGGCGAUAGGUAAUUAAAUUAAUACGAAAUGGAUAAGCACCACGAUUCAGGGUCCCCUAGUUAACUUCUUUCCUCGACCGAUAUAACGGGAAUAGCAUCUAGAUGAUUAAACUUAUCUACUGGUUAAACCAAACGAGAAAAGUACAAGUGUGAAGGCAUCGGGGUCUCCCCCGGACAUAUGACGAAUUAUUAAAUAUAUAUUUACCAAAGCGUGCAUUAGAACGGGUACACGAUAAAUAAAACGAGACCGAGAGGAAUCACCGUAACUUUCUGCGUUACUUUGCGGAUGAUCGUGUAGCGCACGCUGCGUAAUGCUAGCGACUUCAAGAAAGACUGUAAUUAUCGCACGAUGGAAAUGAUGAUCGACAAUUUGAUGAUUCAACACGUAAAUAUGAAAUAUUAUGAAAAAAGAGCAAGUCAGUGUCCAAUAUGUAACUAUGCAAACGUGCGGCGAGCAAACGUGUUGUCGAAAGAAAACGUCGUCGCGUUUCUCCUUCAUGGCGAUUAGAUACGCGCGUUUGUAAAAUUCCGCAGAUUUGCCAUCUGCAAUUUGCCGCUACGAAGGAGUCACACGGACAAUUAUUUCGAUUCUUGUCGCAGUCGCUUAGCAAUUACCGGCGUUACCGCUGCGUGAAGUCUGCCUUUUGCGAAGGACGAUUUGAAUAAUAGACGAGUCCUGUCGUAUACUUUUGCCAAAGUUCUUCUCGAGGACGAAUUACUUUUCAAACAACCCUGCCAACGUUUUAGAUCGGUAAGACUCACGCAGAUAUAUCGUACGUUAGCUUUUCUACGUAACACGAGGGUUUCGUAAACGAGGAGAUAUCGAUUGAGUCAUUACGGUAAUCGCCACCCAACCCCUCUCCUACCUUAAGUGUAAUGGUAAUUUUAACGGUAAGGGCUGCAGCAAAACGAAUGUUCCUAUUAUAAUGCUUUCAUCUAAGUACCGUAUAUUUGUAGGUAUUUAUGCGAUAGUAACGAUAGUGUUUAUACCGUAUAACGUUUUCGUUUUGGUAUUUCCAAGAGAAGACGAACGAUAUUAAUUAUACACGGUAAAUUCAGUACGAUCUGAGAUUAAGGAUUAUUGUGUAUCUAUAUCUGUGAGAUAUAUAUAUAUAUAUAGAUAUAGAUAUAUAUAGAAAUAUAUAUAUAUAUAUAAAACUGAAGAAGAACUGAGAGUCAAAUGUGGUGUGCGUAUGACUAAAUUAAUUAGAAUGAGAAACAAUUGCGAGAGAGAUUGCACGCGCGUCUUCUGUAACUGAUUUGUGUAAAAGACCACGUCUACGAUUGGUGUUAUCCGAAAAAUCUCCGACUCUUUUACACUCUCGCUGAUAACGUCUUAAAGUUCCGUGUCGAUAGGAAGAGAUUUGAUACGUAAAUUUGAUACAAAAGUCGGCCACUUAGCACGCCAUCGUGAAAACUAAUCUCUUACACAAAUUAGAUAUGUGAUACAGACGGAGAGUGUGCUGUGCUUUGGUGUCAAAAAAAAAGAAAAGAAGAAGUAUUUUUACCUUCGACCGGGAGAUAUUUUUGGAAUUCACGUACGAUCGCGACGACGAUUUGUCGUAGAGGUAAUUCCUUUCGAUGCGUGUGCAUCGAAACGCAUUCGGCGCUAUAUAUCUCUCCUUCGUGUGUGCGACAUUCUUACGGAGCGGCCGUUGGCGUUAUUGCCGACGAGCGAUUGAGGGUACAAAGUGUGUGAGGCGAAUGGAAGAACGAUAGGGAGGAAACCAAAAUCAAAAUAUUCAAAAUCAAAAUUACAUUGUAAGUUCAUAGAGAUUACGUUGUUCGUCGAUAAAUAUUAUUUGUUAGCCAAGAGUAUAGUUGGACACGUCCGAUAAAAUAUAGUCUAACAACUAUUAA